AUGGGUUGGAAGCAUAAACGGCCGUACGAACAACGACCUUUCGUAAUUCUCGAGUGGAUUGUCCGCAAAUUCAACGAGGAUGAAAUCAAGUACAUUGUUGGUUUCGAUUCUGACACAGCAUGGAACCUCAACUUGCUACCCAGCCUGCUGGCCGACUUACAGCCACCCCGGCUCAGCAUGCACGGUUACAUGUACAAGGCUUGGGGCACGACCUACCCUACUGGUGGAGCCGGGGUGAUACUAACAAUGUCAGCCGCGCACGCCCUUGUCAAUGCUGCUAACAGUGGCAGUUGUAAGAUGAGCAACACUAACUUUGACGUCAUGCUAGGCAGAUGCGCUGAUGCUGCCAACGUCGAACGAGUUCACGUUGAAGGUAUGUGGCAGCAACCUGUAGGCACUCUACCUAAGAGCGUCCUCACUGCACCAUGGGGAGUCCUUUCAGUACACAAGUACAAGAGCCCACAAGAAGUCGCUGAGGCCUUCAGUUUGAGCGGUCCAUGCCAGUGA